AUGUACGGAGUGCCAAUAGUCCCAGUUCCCGGUGCUGGGCCUGUAGACUGCUCUCGAAUUUCUGGUUUGCAAGACAUGGCCUCUAAGUCGUCUUUUUCUUCCCCGAGCUGUGGCCUCGACUUUCGAGUCCUACCCCAGCGCAAUUCCAUCACCCGUCUUGUCCUUCUUGUCCGCCUGGAUCCCGUACCCAGUGCCAUUGGCCUCUUCUAA